AAGGAACAACAUAGCAAAUAAAAACAAAACAACCCAAACAAACAAUAAACUUUAAUGUCAAACCGUCAAUAACUAUAAUAUUAUUGUGAAGUGGCUUUAUGCUCGUCGGUUAGGCCUAAUGAUGGGUGACUUAAUCAAAUCAACAGUUUUAGCCACUUAUCAGCAAUAAACAAUUUCUAAUCUUGCAUUUUAUUAACAGUGCCAUUCAUACAUUUUUUGAAAAGAAGUUUACAUCUCAGGCUUAGUUAUGAAUAAAUUUAAUCAGUCCCCAAUAUUUUGAAUUUAAUACAAAACCAAACAAAGAUUGAGUCUUUACUCUUAUAACUGAGUAACUGAUAACAAAUUUUGAAUCACUAAAAGGGGAUCACUGAUUUAUUUCUUAUUUAGUCUCUUCUCUUUAUUUUAAAAUGAAUAAGCAAUCUCCAGGAAGAAAUACCGAUAAUAAAAAUCAUGGUAGUGAUUCAACUGAAGAGAAAUCUUCAUGUCCUAUUUGUUUUAAAAACUUUACAGUGUCACAAAUUGAAGCACAUGUAAAUCGGUGUCUAUUUCUAUCAUCUGGUUCAACAAGUAAUGAAAAGAAGAUUGCAUUUGGUAGCAUAAGCCUUCAAGAGAAAAGACAUCACGAGGAAACAGAGUGUACAUAUAGUCCAAAGAAAUUGAAAGAGGAAAAUGUGGAAUCAGUUUAUCCUUCUUGUUCUCAAAAUGUUAAAGUUGUUACUAAGUUGGCUCAAGUGGAAGGAUCUGUCCCAUUGGCCGAACAAAUGCGUCCUUCAUCUUUCCAAGAAUACAUCGGACAAGCUCAUGUGUUGGGACAUAACACAAUUCUUCGUUCGUUGCUUAACAAUAACGAAGUGCCCAGCAUGAUACUUUGGGGCCCUCCAGGCUGCGGAAAGACCUCCUUGGCCCAUAUCAUCAGCAAGCAAUGUCAGUCGAGGUCCACUCAGUCAUUCAGGUUCGUGAAACUAUCGGCCACCAUGGCGGGUGUCAAUGAUGUCAAAGAAGCUGUCAAGAUUGCAAAGAAUGAGCUGGCGUCAUUCAAACGACGGACUAUCCUGUUUAUGGAUGAGAUUCACCGUUUCAAUAAACUUCAGCAGGAUAUUUUCCUGCCGCAUGUGGAGAGUGGGUGUAUAGUGUUGAUUGGUGCGACCACAGAGAAUCCAUCAUUCAGCCUCAAUUCUGCACUGCUCAGUCGCUGCAGAGUGUUUGUGUUGGAGAAACUGGCGGCACCUGACAUCAUUCAAAUUCUGAUGUCUGCAGCAGAGCGGCUCAACCUGGCUGUUGUUGGUGCCAGUGAGCCUACACAAAGUCUCUUAAGUAUAGAUAAAGAGUCCAUAGACUGGCUGGCAGAUAUGUGUGAUGGAGAUGCUCGGAUAGCCCUGAACAGUCUUCAUAUGGCUUUGAAAACAUGUUCAGGCCAGUCAAAGCCUGUCAGAAUAACACUGGGAGAUAUUGAAGAAGGAAUAAAGAGGUCUCACCUUCUGUAUGACCGAAAGGGGGAGGAACAUUACAAUGUCAUCUCGGCUAUGCACAAAUCUAUUCGAGCAUCAGAUGAUAAUGCAGCCUUGUACUGGCUGGCUCGCAUGUUGGAGGGUGGAGAGGACCCGGUGUACAUUGCACGGAGACUCGUAGUAUGCGCCAGUGAGGAUGUGGGUUUGGAGGAUCCCAAUGCCUUGACACUCGCGAUGUCAGCCAUGCAGGCCUGUAAGCUCAUAGGGAUGCCUGAGUGUGGGCUCUUUCUUGCCCACAUUGCUACUUACUUGUCCAGGGCGCCCAAGUCUAGAGAGGUAUACAAUGCCCUAGGAGAAGCCAAACGGUGUGUGAGAGAGCAUAAGGGAGCUCUACCCUCCGUUCCCCUGCAUCUUCGUAAUGCUCCCACCAAGCUGAUGAAACAACUGGGAUAUGGAGCUGGAUAUAAUAUGCGGGACAGGCACUCCUCCAACCUUUCUUACAUGCCUCCGGGAAUGGAAGACCUGGAUUUCUUUGGAAAGUCAGAUACCAAGAAACAACAGUGACAUUACAAUAGCCAUUGUUCUGUAAAUAUAAGUGGAUACUUGUAGUAUUUAAAAUUCAUUUAUGAACAGUUCCUUUACAACAGUAAAAGUAAUAAUAAAAACUUAAUAUUUUUUGUAUGUGUAAAAGAUAAAUUAAUACAUUAUAUCUGUUAUUACACA